UGGGCCGCAGUUGUAUCCGUGGCCACGGACCAUAGUAGACCAUGUGGUGCGACGGAACGGACUUCAUUUCAGGUGGGACAAUGUUGAAAUGAUCAGUUCUAGGAUAAGGUAAAUAUGUCCUCUACACAUCACGUAACGGUGAUCGAGGAAUGGCUGGAUUCCAAUCCAGAUGCCAUGAACGAGUACUUUCUUCGCAAAGCGGACAUCGUUCUUGUAAAUAAAUGGCUUGUACAGCACGGAUUUAGCGCUCUUCAGGAGUACAGCUUACCUGCCAGACACAACUCUGCGUCCAAUGAAGGAAGCAGUCCAAGUUCCCCUAUAGAUCUUAAGUGUGGAGAUUCGGGAUUCUUUGAUUCUAGGCAUCACAGAUCCAACUCAAAGAAGCACCUGCGGCAUGACUAUGCCAGAUCCAAGAUGCGGAAUAUGUUCAGAACUUAUGAACCGACGUCAAGCCCUGAAUCGGCAACAGAAGCUAGAAGAAGUAGUUUGAAAGAAAUGCGACAGUUUCGCUCCCUUCCCCCUAACUCUGUUAACAUGCUCAGUUUAUUAAUUCAGUCCAAAGUGAGAUUACCACGCUAUCCAAGCAAAGACAUAGAUUUGAAAAGAGAAUUAAGGCACUCAAAUGAACGGGAAUUCUUUCUGGAAAUUGUCAAGGAUAUAUCCAAUGAUCUCGAUCUCCGAAGUCUUAGCUCCAAGAUCGUUGCAAAUGUUUGCUUACUUGUUGAUGCGGAAAAAUGUUCCCUUUUCUUUGUGGAGGGAAAGGCAUCCGGUAGACACAACCUUGUGUCAAAAAUAUUCGACGUUCACUCUGGGACUAACAUUAUGCCAUCCAGCACUGGAGAUAUACGUAUACCAUGGGGAAAGGGGAUUAUAGGUUACGUGGCUGAAACUGGGCACACCGUCAACCUUGAAAAUGCAAGUGAGGACCCUCGGUACAACGAUGAAAUUGGAAGAAUAACUGGGUACAGGGCGGAAGCCUUGCUGUGUCAGCCAAUCAAAAAUGCAGAUGACGAGAUUGUGGGUGUGGCCCAGGUCCUCAACAAAACAGGAAGCGAGAAGGUCUUUACUAAAGAUGACGAGAAUUUGCUGGCAACGUACCUGACAUUUUGUGGUAUAGGUAUUCACAACGCUCAAAUAUUUGAGGCAUACUCAAAGGAAUAUGAGCGAAAUAAGGCAUUGUUGGAAGUGGUUCACGCUCUCUGUGAAGACCAAACCUCCCUCGAGAACGUCAUUCUGAAGAUCAUGCAGAGGGCACAGACACUGCUAAAAUGUGAGAGAUGUUCCGUGCUGCUCAGGGAUGGAACUACCGAGGUCGGUUCUUCCACAUCUUUCAACAAGGUCUUCGACUUGGCCUACCCAUUCCGAAACGGACACUCAGCAAUAAGACGCAAGAUGUUCCUAAAGUCCAACAAUGGAGACAGUCAAGCAAAUCCCUUCUCCAGUGCUGAAAGCUGCUCUGAUCUCAAACUCGGAAACAAGAUUGCUGAACUGGUUCUCAUUACUGGAGACACAAUCAACAUUGCUGACGCCUACCAAGACGCACGAUUUGACCCAGAGAUUGACAAAGUGAGCGGUUUCCAUACAAGAAGUAUUUUGUGUAAGCCGAUCAGAGACAAAAACUACCAAAUCAUAGGCGUAGCUCAAGUGGUCAACAGAACAGAUGGACUGCCGUUUGACGAACACGACGAUCAACUGUUUGAGGCUUUCUCCAUUUUCUGUGGUUUGGGUAUCAACAACUCCUUACUGUACGAGGAGGUGUCGCUGUCAGCUGCCAGACAGGCGGUAGCGCUGGAGACAUUGUCCUACCAUGCCGGCGUGUCCUCCGAUGAAGUCAUAGAUAUCAAAGCACAGAAAAUACCAGAGGAACAUGAGUGGCGGCUUGGGGACCUCAGCUUCAAUGACUUCUCCCUCAACCGAGAUGAAAUGGUACUAGCUGCUGUCCGCAUCUUCCAUGACCUUGGUCUGAUUCGGAAGUUCAGGAUAGAAUACGACACGCUGUAUUGCUGGCUGCUGACAGUGAAGAAGAACUACAGAGUGGUGGCCUACCACAACUGGAGGCAUGCAUUUAAUGUGUGUCAGGUCAUGUUUGCGUCAAUGAGCAAAUGCAACACUCGUAAGUUCCUGAGUGACAAGGAAUGCCUUGCUCUGAUUGUCGCCUGUCUCUGUCACGAUCUGGACCACAGAGGGACGAAUAAUGCUUUCCAACAGAAAUCCAGUUCCGCCUUAGCACAGCUGUAUGGAACGAAGGCUACGUUAGAGCACCACCAUUUCAACCACGCAAUCAUGAUCCUCAACAGCGAGGGUCACAACAUUUUUGCCAACUUUAGUUCAGACGAAUACAGUGAAGUCGUAAAUAUUCUCAAGCAUGCUAUUCUAGCCACAGAUCUGUCCCUUCACAUACAGAGGGUGCGAGACAAAUUCUUCACUAUGGUGAACCAAGGAGACCAAAGCUGGGACGACAGAGAAUCCAAGGAAAUACUACGAAGCAUACUGAUGACAUGCUGUGACAUCGCCGCUAUCUCCAAGCCCUGGGAUGUUCAGAGGAGGAAUGCAGAACUGGUGAUGACAGAAUUCUUUGACCAAGGAGACAAGGAACGGAAUGAACUGAAAAUACAACCACAGGCAUGUAUGGACAGAGAAAAACAAGAUGAGAUUGCCAAGCUUCAGCUGGGAUGGAUUGAUGGAAUAUGCCUUCCCCUUUAUAAGCACCUGGCUAAGAUGGACCCGGUGUUUCAAGAGAUGGUGGACGGGGUCCUUGCGAAUAGAGCACGCUGGGAAAUCCUUGAUGCUGAGCGUUUGUCAAAGACGGCAAUAUUGGAAACUGGAGUGUAAUCGCUUAAGCAGUAUGUCAGUGCCACCAUUGUUCCACAUGAUGCGAAAUUGGAUGUUACACUAUAUUCCAAGGACCAGUGUUCUGACUCACAAAGUGUGCGGAACAACUUGUGACUUUCAUCAUUGGAAUUGUAAGGUUAAAAUGGAAACGUUAUAGUCAUUUCUUUACACUGUACGAGCUGUCAAGGGCCUACACGUAAAUCAGCUAAAACUGAAGACGUCUGUUUGUUCGUUGUUUCAUCCAGCUACAUGAUGGCAGUUUGGAAAUAAUCGGAUCCGGACUAAACAAUCAAGUGUUUGACAUCAUGACCGUGGAUCUAGGCAACUUGGAUACGAUGACAUGCAUCAACAAAGUCAGCGAGCCUGACCACCUUAUCCAGUUUGUCGACUCUUACAAGAAGCAUAGUGUACACCGAUUCUAACUUGCAACGGGGCAAAAUGGAGACGAUUGCUGGAUACAGGUCUGUGUUGACUUAUGGUGUGCCCGGGACAUUGACAAAAAGUAUUUCCUAUAUUAUUAUUUCGUAUUUAUUACAUACCCUAGACCGGCAGAUGUUGCUAAUACGUCAUAACAUUGUUUUAUGAGUAGAAGUUCAUACAUAAAGGAUCUGUGAUUGAUGAAAAUUUCAGCCUCGGAUAUAUCAAAGUGACAUCAACCGAGUUAGAUUUAUCCGACUGCUUGUACUUCACUAUCCAUAUGACCAUACAAGGAUAUGUGCAUGUAUGAUUUGAAACAAAGAGAAUAUUUAUCAUUUCACAUAUUAAUAUGGAACAUAUUUGUCUUUUCUCUGAAAAUAUCAAUUUUGUCAGGUCACGAGAUGAGAUACAUCUGUCCUUUAAAGCAAAAGACAAAUGUUCUCCGUAGUUUGUUUUUUCUUAUGUAUCGUCGCGAUGCGACAGGGCACGUGGUGGGAAGCCUAAUGGUUAAAGAGUUCCCUCGUCACGCCGAAGACCGGGUUAAAGCCCCACCUGGGUACAAUGUGCGAAGCAGGAACAGUGCUAAAAGCGGCGUAAAACCAUACUCACUCACUCACUCACUCACUGACCCUGAACCAGGUUGAAAGUAGGUCCGGCAUAAAGUAUUUUUCGAUUGGAAUGUCAAUUUUAUAUUUUCAAGUAAAUGUUGUAUUUUCACAGAAUACUUAAUAAAUGCACAUACCAGUUAUGCUCAUAUGAACAGUAAAUGUCGGUUGUCAACAAAUGAGUAUAUAUAAUUGCUUCUCCAAGGCCGUCAAAUAUAGAACUGCCUGCGUAACUGAUAAAAAGUUGUUUAGUUCCAUAGUAAAGUAUUUGUUCACUGUAUGACUUUAUAGGCUGUUAGGUAAUACACCAUCUCAUCUCUCAUUGUCACUCUUGGUGCACGAUUUCAUUUUCAGACAGUAAGACGCCGGUCUGGAUGGGCAUUUUUAUUUUGUAAUUUCUCUACAAAGAUGGAAUGGGGACACUAAGGGACUGUAAAGCUAUUGUGCGUAUCUUUCAACCAUUCUUGCUGUUUUUGAUGUGUUAAUUUUUAGAAAAACGCUGCAACAGUUACAACAAAAUGUUGUAAAACAUUGCAUCCCAGUAGGGGCCAUUGAGAUAUAUGGGACCUGACAAAAUUAGCAUGUAAAACGAGUGCAAGCCGAAGGGACGUCCUUGUGUUUAUCGUCUUGUGUUUAUAUUGCACUGCUAGUAUCACAUCUAACCAAUUCUUUUUUCAUUCAAAUGUUUUUAUCUUUGGGAUUCAGAUCUAACCAAUUCUUAUUUCAUUCAAAUGUUUUUAUCAUGGGGAUUCACAUCUAAACAAUUCAUAUUUCACUGAAAUGGUUUUUUUAUCAAGGAGAUUCCAGUACUGAGAUUGCAGAUUGCAGUUUACAAGCACAUAUAUUGUAUACAUGCAUCUAUAAUAAGAGGUAUGCAUAUGGCAAUUCAAAAGGAACUUGUUCGAGGAGCUAUUGUUUAAAGUGCUGACGUUUUGUAUGUUCAGAUAUGUAAUACGUAUGAAUGAUUGCAGUCGGCAUUUGUUUUACUUCUUCAUGAAUAAAAUAUAUUGAGAAUGA